AUGAUUCCCUUUGAAGCUGAAUUUUGUCCUGAAGCUGUAGUAAGGUGGUACCAUGAAGGAUCAACUCCAGGUAUGAAGAGCUCACGUCAACUUUCCUUGAAAGCUAAGAAACAUCUUUCUGCCAUGGGAUGGAGCUUUUGGUACGCACCCAAGAAUGGAAGACAUGAACUGCGUUACAAAUCACCUAAUGGAAAAGUUUACUAUUCGCUUAAAACAGCUUGUAAGAGUUGUAUAAAUGGAGAUGGAAGAAAAGAAGAGAUUAGGGUUAGGGUUAGGGCUACGGCUCAAGACUUGGAACCCAAGAAACCAAGAAAAAGGAAGAGCUUGAGCCAGGAAUAUCAACUAUCAGGAGAACUUGUUCAACCCAACCCACCAAAAAGAGGCAAGAAACUGAAAAAACAGGAGAAAUCUAGAGAAAAUCAAACUAAUCCUCGUGUGCAACGAUCAAGUAAAAGAGUGAGAGAGGGUCCACUUCCUCAUUCGUCUCAUCACCAACCUAGAACCAUUCUCUCUUGGUUGAUAGAUAACAACGGGGUUUCGCCACUGGCAAAAGUGUAUUACCGCAACAAGGCAGGGGAUCCAUUGAUGAAAGGGCGGAUAACUCGUGACGGGAUCCAAUGUGACUGUUGUUUCAGGGUUUUUGGUCUCACCGCCUUUGAGGCACAUGCUGGUAGUAACAACCAUAGGCCAGCUGCUAAUAUAAUGUUGGACGAUGGCAGUGGCAGGUCUCUUUCUAAUUGUCAAAGGCAAGUUCGUGAUUCAAUGAUCAAGGGUUCCAAAGCACAGAGCCCUCAAACUGUGAAGGGCAAUUCAUAUGAACAUGAGAACGAUGGCCUUUGCUCUGUUUGUUGCUAUGGAGGUGAAUUGAUUUGCUGCGAUCGAUGCCCUUCUGCAUUCCAUGUCAAUUGCCUUGGCCUGAAGGAAGUUCCAGAUGGCGACUGGUUUUGUCCAUCCUGCUGUUGUGGAAUUUGUGGCAUUGGACAUUUGAGUGAUGAUAGUUUUCUUACUUGUCAACAAUGUGAGCGUAAAUUUCAUGUUGGCUGCCCAAGGAAGAAGCAAUCAAGUGACUUGAAGAAUGAUCAAACGGGGAAAAAUCAGUUUUGUAGCCAUAGCUGUGGACAAGUAUUUUCUGGCCUUCAAAAGCUUACAGGAAAACCAAUUCCAGUCGGCAACAAUCUGACGUGGACAUUAUUGAAGUCUGUGGGGUGCUUUGAUAGUGAUACUGAUCACGCUCUUGGCGUCGAGGCUUCUGCAGAGAAUCACAGUAAGUUGAGUGUUGCACUUGACGUGAUGCAUGAGUGUUUUGAGCCUAGUAAAGAUGUUUACACCGGGAGAGAUCUCGUUGAAGAUGUGAUUUUCAGCAGAGGAUCAAAGCUGAAACGAGUGAAUUUCAAAGGAUUCUAUACGGUGAUUCUGGAGGAAAAUGAUGAAUUGGUUACUGUGGCUACUGUGAGGGUAUAUGGGGACAGGGUGGCGGAGAUGCCCCUCGUUGCUACCAGGUUCAGUCACCGUCGCCGUGGUAUGUGUCGAGUCUUGGUGGACGAACUUGAAAAGAAUCUGAUGAAAUUUGGGGUGGAAAAGCUGGUUUUACCUGCAGUGCCCGCUAUGGUAGACACAUGGACUAAGAACUUUGGGUUUUCCCAGAUGACAGAUGAGGAGAGAUCAAAGCUUUUGCAGUAUACUUUCCUAGAUUUUCAGGGUACCAUAAUGUGCCAAAAACUUUUAAAGACAUUGAAGGAUUUGUGA